AUGGCUCCAAUCAAAGUGACAGUAAUUAAUUCAGAGGAACGCCUCACAAUGCUCUCAGAGUUUAUAAAAUCAAUAGCAUUCAAGAGACAACAGAUAACAAAAGUAUUCCAAAAGGGGGAUGAAGUUGAAGUGGCAAGUCAAGUAUAUGGCUUCAUAGGUUCUUACUACCAUGCAACUAUUCUUUCUCCCGUUGGCGCUUACCAUUACAAAAUUAAGUAUAAAACUCUGUUGACUGAUGAUGAAUCCGCGCCACUUGAAGAGAUGGUCAGUGCGGCAGUGAUCCGCCCUGUUCCCCCUCAUCAACAUGAAACAAUGUCAGAAAACGGAUUCCAUCUGUACGAUAUGGUUGAUGUGUUUGCUAACGAUGGAUGGUGGUUUGGAUUUAUCAGUGGGAAAAUCGGAGAAGAGUACUAUGUCUACUUCCCUACAACUGCAGAUAACAUUGCAUAUCCUCGUCACGUGUUGAGAUUUCAUCAAGAAUGGUCAAAUGGCAAGUGGAUGUUUCUUCCAAGACGAUGAAAGAUUUUCGAUUUGCACUGAUAAUGAUUUACCGUAAUGUGAUAUGAAUUUACUGAAUAUUUCUCCUUUAUGUUAAGAAGAAUAAUUCAAGUUUAGUCCCAAAAGAUUUCUAUCGAGGAAAUAGUGGAUGAAAUAUUUUGUAGUUUAUAGUGAGAAACAAGAAUCUAUGAUUUGUUACUUUGUUUU